UAAUGAUUUGCAAAUCCCAAAACACCCCUCUAACUAAAUUAGUAAAAAACGGCUCACUUGUAUACCAUACCCAUUUCCGUUAAAUCUCCUGACAGAAAUAACAUCAUCACAGUCGCCGUCGUUACAAAACCCUAACUCUACAAUGGCGUCGAAAUUCGGGAUGGCCGGCGGCAUACCGGAGCGGCGAGUCCGCCCUGUGUGGGACGCAAUCGACUCUCGACAGUUCAAAAACGCACUCAAACUCUCCACAGCGUUGCUCUCUAAAUACCCUAAUUCUUCAUACGCUCUCGCACUUAAGGCUCUAAUUUUGGAGAGAAUGGGUAAAACGGAGGAAGCAUUAUCCGUUUGCAUCAAUGCUAAAGAUCUCUUAUAUAAGAAUGAUUCGCUCUUAAUUGAUGAUCUCACAUUAAGUACAUUGCAGAUUGUUUUCCAGCGGCUAGAUCAUCUGGACAUGGCUACUAGUUGUUAUGAGUAUGCAUGCGGAAAGUUUCCAAACAAUUUGGAACUUAUGACAGGACUCUUCAAUUGUUAUGUUCGAGAAUAUUCUUUUGUGAAGCAGCAACAGAUAGCUAUUAAAAUGUAUAAAAUUGCUGGCGAAGAGAGGUUCUUGCUCUGGGCAGUCUGUAGCAUUCAGUUACAGGUAUUGUGUGGAAACGGAGAAGAGAAACUUUUGCAGUUAGCUGAAGGGUUACUUAAAAAGCACAUUGCUUCUCAUAGCUUGCAUGAGCCUGAAGCUCUGAGUGUAUAUAUUUCUCUACUGGAACAGCAAGCCAAAUAUGGGGAUGCCUUAGAAAUCCUCUCCGGGAACUUAGGAUCACUUAUGAUGAUCGAAGUUGAUAAACUACGAAUACAGGGGAGACUUCUUGCUCGGGCAGGUGAUUUCGAUGGAGCUGCAGAUAUAUUUCAGAAAGUAUUAAAAUUAUGUCCUGAUGAUUGGGAAUGUUUCCAUCAUUAUCUCGGCUGCUUGCUGGAAGAUGACAGCAGCUUGCCUGUUUUGACUAAGAGCUCUUCCAUUCGGGUGUCAACAUUGACAGACGGUCAACACAGACACAUAGCGGAUGACAAGUUUGAUAUUUGCAUAUCAAAGGCCUCCGAUUUUGUAGAAAAUCUAAUGACAGAAGUAGGUAAUGAUUCCAUAAGAGGCCCGGGAUUAGCAAAUCUUGAAAUUGAAAGGAGGAAAAUAAUGUAUGGAAGGGGUAAUGCUGAAAAACUCAUGGGAGAUCUUGUUUUGUAUUUCUCUAGGUUUGGACAUUUGGCUAGCUUUACAGCUGAUGUGGAGGUCUUCUUACAAAUUCUACCCAGCGAUAUGAAAAAACAGUUGUUAGAGAAGUUGGUUAAAUGCAUUGAUUCUUCAUCAACACCAUCGAGAAAUGUUCUUGGUCAACAUAUAACGUUUUUUAAGAUAAGAGAACUAAUCGGUGACCAGUAUUCACUUCCCGUUGAAGAUCUUGUGGGAUUUGCAGUUCAAAUGACAGAAAUGUAUUGUCGAAACCUUCCCCUUUCAAAGGACUUGGAUGUACAAGAGAGUAUGUAUGGUGAAGAGCUUCUAUCUAUGACAUGCAAUGUGCUUGUUCAGUUGUUUUGGCGUACAAAACAUGUUGGUUAUUUGUUGGAAGCUAUAACGGUGUUGGAGCUUGGUUUAACUGUCAGAAGAUAUGUUUGGCAGUACAAGAUUUUGUUGUUACACUUGUAUUCUUAUUGGAAUGCUCUUCCAUUAGCGUAUGAAUGGUACAAAUUAUUGGAUGUCAAGAACAUCCUCCUGGAAACCGUCUCACAUCUUAUUUUCCCGCAAAUGCUAGCAUCGUCACUGUUGGUAGAUACUAAUGAUCUUUUGAAGGGUUACUUGCGGUUCAUGGAUGAUCACUUCAGGGAAUCUGCAGAUCUUACUUUUCUUGCGUAUCGUCAUCGAAAUUACUCAAAAGUAAUUGAAUUUGUUCAAUUUAAAGAGAGAUUGCAACGAUCCAAUCAGUACUUAACAGCAAAGAUCGAAGGGUCAAUUCUACAACUAAAACGAAAAGCAAAUAGCAUAGAAGAAGCAGAGUCUGUACUUGAAAGCCUGAAUAAAGGAAGUGACUUUCUUGAUAUUUCAAGUGAUAUUCGUUCCAAGAAGUUGACCUUCAAUGAAGAUUUGAAGUUACGGCCUUGGUGGACCCCAUCAUUAGACAAAAAUUAUCUCUCAGGACCGUAUGAAGAUAUUUCACAUUAUCCUAAAGAAACCGCGCAGGAUGAGGCUAAACAAACCGAAGCAAAGUUGACAAGACUUGAGAAGAGAUCACUACUUCCACGAAUGAUUUAUUUGUCGAUACAAUGUGCUUCAUCAUCAACAAAGGGAAAUUCCAACGUUAAUGGUUUUGAUUCUAAAGAUUUUUCAGAACUCAAAUCCUUGCUUGAAUCAUAUUCAAAAUUUUUAGGGUUCCCCUUCCUGGAUGCGGCAGAGUUAGUUAUUUCUGUUUCUCAUGGUCAGAAGUCCCUUGAGGAAUUUUCUUCUAAUCUAAUCGACUGGAUUAACUUUGCGGUAUUUUUAAACGCCUGGAACCUGAAUCCUCACGAAACAAACAUCUCAGACCGGCACACGUUCCCCAUUAAUUGGCAAGUUUUAUGCCGUCUAUUAGAGAAAUGCAUUUCCGAAAAAGUAAAUUCCACAAAACCGUUAUUAUCUUCUCCCGGAGCAGAUCUUUCCAUAUUAAUCCAAUUAGUGACCGAGCCAUUGUCGUGGCUCGGGCUCAUAAUCCAAUCGUGUGUUCGGUCGUCUCUUCCAUCUGGAAAAAAGAAGAAAAAAGGCGGUCCAUCUGACCAGUCAAACAGUCAACUAUCCAAUACGGUCAAGGAGUCAAUCACAUCACUAUCUAGCAUGAUAGAUAUAGUUGCUAAAUGGUUAAAAGAACAAAUUGAUAGACCUAUAGAUACGGAUGUUGACUUUUUGCUUACUUCCGUUCAUGGCGAAGAAAACGAUCACGGGCCCGGGAAAGUCGUCAAAAUUCUUGAAACUUUGGUGUUAUCGGUUGAUGAUUUGGAAGUCGGUGAUCGGGUUAAUCGGGCAAUUAGGUCUUGGAAGCCUGUGGAAGUUGCACGGAAGAUAGUAACUGCACAAGGAACCGCUUUGACAGAGUUUUUUGAUAUUUGUGAGUCGAAAUUGAAGGUUUUGCAGGCACUAAAAGGCCAAAUACAAGUUUAGAGUAUAAGAUUGCUGGUUGCUUGAUGAGUUUCUUGUACACUAGAUGUUACAUUUAAUUGAGUUCUGAAUUUUUUGAGGUUUCACAGGUUUUUGUUUUGUAUCAGCAGAAAUUUUGGAUACAAAUAAUCUUUUGAUGUGUUGUAUAUUUGAUUGAAUCAAUUUUAGAGAUUGGUUUUUUUGCC